CUCCUGACCUCAAGUGAUCCGCCCGUCUCUGCCUCCCAAAAUGCUGGGAUUACAGAUGUGAGCCACUGAGUCCGGCCUCCAAUUCAUCUUUCCAUUGUGCACAGGGCCUUCCCCGUCAGAGCCGUCCCCAGACUUCCAGAAUGCUUCCCCUCAAUAGAUUCCAGAGUCUCCGGAAGCAGGGCUGGGGAACAAACGGCAAACUAGGGAUCUUACCUGGGCCUGCCCAGUUGAGGCUAAGUCAAAAUGGGCUCCCAACAGACUGCCUGGCUCAUGCAGAUGGAGGGCUAACAUCUUUUUAGAAACAACCCGCGCUACCCUCUCCUGUUUCAAAAGGCUGUCUUGUCAGAAUGGUGGUAAGUCACCUUAGGAAGGGAGAGACGUCGUCCUGUUUGUCAGAUAGAGUUAGCAAAGGCUCAAUUUAAAAGAAAAAUUAAGAAGUUAAAAAUAAAAGUGUGGGGAGAUUCCCAUGACAUCCAUUUUUAUCGAUUUUUCCCUUUCUCUUACAUUUCCCAUGAGGCCAACUUUCUAAAACAGUCUUAGUCUUUUCAAGUUUACAAAAGGUAGCACCCAGACUCUCUGAAUAAAAUGACGGGAUGCCCGGGAGAAGAGUGAACCUCUCCCACGUGCUCCCUGCCUGGGCUCCAUGCUGUCGCGGGGUCUCGGCUACUCACUCAGCGGGCAUUUCUGGAGUUCCAGGAACACAAACCCCAACAAGAUCCAAUCGAUGCCUUCCCGCAGUGCACAGUCCAGGACACAACCCGGAGAACAAGCGGCAAUUACCCCCUUGAGGACAUGGCUUCAUCCGUGCGACAGACACCAAGCGCCAUCCCCACGCCCCUGACCAUAAAAGGCCGUCCCGGCCCUUCUGAAGCGUGGAGCCGGCUUGGAACAGAGCCAAGACACACGGACGCGAUGCACACAGGCGUCCUGAGGGAGGGCGCCGAGAACGCGGCCCUGGCGACUGCCACAGGCCCCUCCGCCUGGACUAGCUGCUCCCCUUUCCCGCCUCCACACAGGGGAGGGCGCAGCAAACGCCCGCCGCGGACUGUGGGCCUUGGAUUCGGAUUUGGAGGCUCCUCGGAACGAGGGGGUGGGAGCAGGCGGAAUCCCUUUGCCACCGCGCGCCCGGCGUCCCUGCGGCCGGGAAGCGGCGCCAUCUCCGCAGGUGCGCGGUGGACGCCUGCAUCCCUCGGGCCCGGGGCUGUCGGCCGCUACACAUCCACCUCCUGGGCUCACACAGAGGGCCCGGGCCGGGCCGGGCCGUGCCGAGUCUCGGCAGGGUUGAGCUUCCCCGAGCGGCGCGGGCUCAGGCGCGGGCUCAGGCACUGCCCGCAGUGCGGGACACGCCCAAGGCUCGGAUGGGAGCCGACGCUGAGGGAGCCGCACCGGCAAGGAGCGCCUAGAGCCGGGGCCGCGGCGGGAGGGGCGGGGGCGGGCGCGGGCGCCGCCGGCAGGGAUGCGAAAUCGCGGGAGGGGCCCGCGGGCCAGGCCGGAGCUGGGGGCGACCCGAGGCCCCAGCUGGCCGGCGAGGGUGGGAAGGGCGGACCCGGGUGGGGACCGCAGGCCCCGGGAACGAGCGCGCGAGCGGCGGGUCCCGGCGGCACUCACCGAGCCUGGGCGCCGGGGCGGCGGCGGCCGGCGCGCGGCCCUCUCGCGGGGUCCCCUCCCUCGGCCACCCGGGCUCCGCUCCAGCCUCGCAGUGGCGGCGGCACUGACAGCUGCGUCGCCGCCCUGGAGGGGAGGAUGCUCCUGCAACCCGCUACUGGCGGACGCACCGGCCGCUCAGGCUCCUGCAGGGGGCGCGGCGGCUCGCGCGUGCGCAGUCGGCCGCCCCUGCAGGUGCCCGGUGCACCCCCGACCGCCUCGGCCGCUCCGGCCAGCCCAACCCCGCGCCUGCGCGCAGUGCCCCGUGCAUGUCGCCCAUGCCCGGCAGAGGGCGCGCUGGCUUGCGCGUGCGCAGUCGGCCAUCCUGCGAGUACGCAGUUCGCACCCGGCCGCGCGGCAGCCCGUGCCUGCGCACUGCUCUGUGCCCGCGCCUAUGUCCAGCAGGGGGCGCGCAGCGGCGGUAUCCGAGCGAGGGCGCGGUGGCCUCUGACAGGAAUGACUCUGCGCACGUGCGUUUCACAGCAGUGGAAGUCUUCACACCCGGAAAUUUGA